CCUGAACAUGCGCACUGAACAAAAAGUCGCCAUUUUGAAUCUCAAUAAUGGCAGAAGAUGAAUUCAGCGAAGCUGGGAUAAGGGACUUCCUGGUACAAAAUGGGGGUAAAACGAAAAAUGAACACCUCGUUAAAAGAUUCAAGAUAUAUUUCAAUGAUGCAGAUAACAAAGCCAAAUUCAAGGAAUAUGUGAAUGCUGUUGCAUCUGUCAAAACGGAAGACGGUGAGAAAUACUUAGUUUUGAAGAAGAAGUACCGACAUCUUAUAGAGAGUGCACCCGUGGAGGUUGACAGUUGUGAAGCCGAAGAAGCUCAGACACAGAUUGUCAAAAUUGAAAUUAAAGACGAAGUUGAUGGAGGAGACGUAGAAGUCGAUGCAAGCAAAGAGAAAACACUGCAUUCUUCGGAGUCAAAGUCACGGGUGUUUGAUGUAGCCAAGUCGUUUGAGAAAAAAGCCGAAGAGGAGAAAGCAUCUGCUGAAGCAGCUAAAGUUGUUUCGCCAAGCACACAAAAGAAAGAUGAUGACGGUGAUGAUGACUCGGUUACCUCUACUCUAUCUAAUGUUGCGUUGAGCGAGACGGAGCGACAGUGGAUGAUUGCAGCAUCAGCAGGCGAAACACCGACGCUAUCUAAGUUAUUAAUAAAAGAGCCUCAUCUUGCCAAGCAAAAGUUUACCGCUUUACACUGGGCUGCCAAACAUGGAAAGAAAGAAAUGUUGAAGUUAUUUGCUGAUCGACCUGAUUUGGAUAUAAAUGUGAAAUCUCAUGGAGGUUAUACCCCGCUACAUAUUGCAUCGAUGUAUGGAAAUGAAGCUGCCAUUCAAAUGCUUUUAUCAGAUUUUAAGGCCAACGUUGAUGCUCGAGAUUACAGCGGAAAAAAACCAAAGCAGCACAUGAAGAAGAACUGCGCUAAUUACAUCCAACGUAAGCUUGACCCUUCCAUCCCUAGUAUAGGAGUAGAAAGUAGUCUUGAUACCGGCGGCUUUGAAGAUGACAAAUUGCAUACCGGUACAAGCUUUUCUCGCGCUUUUAGUUUUCGCUUAUCAUCAUUUGGUAGAGAUUCAUUUCGUAAAUCAAAGAAGGGCCGUAGCGAGUCUACAAGUUGAACUGCUAUUCUGUAAAUUGCAUGUGUGUAUUGUGUUGUAAGUAACUGACACGAAUGCGCAUUCAAGUUCUGUCUUUUUUUUCUGUUUAACCGCGAAUUAUUAAUAAUCAGAU